AAAAGGAAAUGGAGAAGCCCUCGACCCCUUCCAAGGUUGCUCAGAAGAUCCCUAAGAAGAAGAAGAAAAGAGUGGAGAAUUACGAGAUGUACAUCUAUAGAGUGCACCAGAAGGUCAAGAACCGCCUCCGUCCACGGGAGAUCGAUGAUCCGGAGGGAGGAAGUCUCUUCUUUCCUCCGGUCAUGGGCAUUUCCAGAAAGGCCAUUAGCAUCAUGAACUCCUUCGUGACCGACCUUUUCGAGAGAUUGGCUGGAGAGGCAUCAAUGCUGACAAAGUCGGCAAAGACGGAAACAUUCACUUCCUGGCCUAUUCAGAAGGCUCUCAAACUGGUCCUUCCCUAUGAGCUUGGUGAGUUUGCAGAGCGAAGGGGUCUAGAAGCGGUCAACAGAUUCCUCCAUGACUAUACGCCCUUGGACGAACUGCGUUGAGCAAAAGGGUCCAGAAGCUCCCCAGUUCUCAGCUGCUUGACCUCUCUGGUUUUCUUCGCUUACGGUGUCUUUUUAGCUUUAGUUUACUUUUAGUUGUAAU